AUGGAAAACACCUCUGAUUUUGAUUCUGAUUCUGAUACUCAGGAGAUUCAUAAUUCUUCUCUCUCGCUCCCUUCUGAGCCACCCGAUAUAAGAAACUGGUUUUCUAGUUACCAGUAUGAAUCUUUUGUUUUGGAUACUUAUGAUGAUUUUGGAGGUUCUUUCCUUAAAGAAAGUGAAUUUGAGUGUCGGAGAGAUGGGCAUGUUGGCAUUGAGGAGGGAAUUAAAGAAAAGGAAGGGAAUUUUUGUGAAGCCAGAAGGAUUGGUAACAACAGCAGUGAUGAUAAGCAUGGAGAUCAGUCUUUUAGUACGCCUACUGACCUCAGAAACUGGUUUCCAAGCUAUGAGUCUGAAUCUCCUGUUUUGGAUACAGCUGAUUAUUUUAAAGAAUCUGUUAUCAAAGAAAGAAAACCUGAGAAGGAUGGAUUUGCUAUUGAAGAGAGUGACAAUAAAAGAGAAAAAAAGGCUGUGGAUUUGAGCAACUGUAGAAACAACAAUGAAAUACGUGCUGGUGAGAAGCUAUGCUCAAAGAAUUCAUUUGGAGAUGUUUGUGAGGACAGGACUUUACGUGAGAUUUCAGACUCUUCUCAAUCAUCCCUAUUCCUUUCUGAGCCACCCGACAUAAGAAACUGGUUCCCCAGCUAUGUGUACGAAUCUCCUGUAUUGAGCAAAGACAAUGGAUUUCUUCUUGGCAAAACUGAAUGCGAGGAAGAUGAGUUUGCUAACCAAGACAGCAAGUUAAAGAAAGAAAUGCAGUUGUGGAAAUUACGACAAAAAACAAGUUCAGAUGAAAGGGAACACUCAAAUGGAAUUGUGAAGUCCAGUAGCUCCCUAGGAAAUCAUAUACAGGAAAAGUCUAUGAAUAAGGUUUCUCCCUCUCAGGACACUAGGGAUGUAGAGAAAGAGGCCUUAUCUGUUCUAGAUAAUCUGUGUCACGAAGUAGAGCAUAGCAUGGAAGAUGAAUCAUUUCCGAGCCAUGCUAUUAUCCCAACCAAAGAUGUGGAGAAACCAAGCUUGAAUUUUGACGUGCCUCCAUUUAAACAACAGCAGAUGCAACAUCUAGCACAAGAAGUUGGUUUUGUGUCAGUCAAGAGUAAUGUGAAAUCAAGCAAUAAAACUCCAACAAAGUUGAACCGCAAAAAGGAUUUUACAAACUUGGAAGCUAAUGCUCAAGCAGAAGUUGAUCUUGUAUCGUCUAGAGGCAAUAUGAAGUUCAUUCAAGGAGUCGGAGCUUCUUCAAGUUGCCAAUCAACACAUGGAAGGAGCAAUAACAAAAGAAAUGAAGGAAAAGAAGUUCAAGGAAAUGAUUUUGUUACAACAAUGAAGAACAGGAUGACAAAACGGAAUGAUGAGAAUUCUUUGGAUAAGCACAGGCAACAACAUAUUUUAUUGGAAUGUACAAAAAGUAGAGGGAUUACUUCAAGGGGUGGUGAAAAGGAUGAAAAAGUCGUCACUGUAAAAAGAAAGGUGCUGUCAGAAGUUUCUAAUUUUGAAAACCUUGAUGUGAUUGAAGUCACUGGAAAAUGGAAGUGUCCUCAGAAGAGUAAGCCAGAUCGUGGACCUCCUACGAAGCAGCUUCGACUUGAGCGAUGGGUUCAUAGGCUAUAA